UGUUGGAUUUUGAGGAAUAUAUAUUUGUAAUAAGUGCUAUAAAAGUGAAUACAGCAUCAAUAGAAUUUGCAGCACGACCUUCAAUGCAAAUGGCUAUAUUAUCCAAUAUCCAUUAUUUCUGCUUUGCCUCUGCGCUAACUUCAAACGCUUUCGUUUUCACGGAGUCAUGAAUCGUAGUCGUCGCAGGACCGAUUCCCCAUCUCCAAGUUCUCACCGGCGGCCUCAUCCUCUGCCACAACAACCGCUCCAUUUCUUCAUCAUAAUGCUUUACUCCCCCAGUGUCAACGAACAUAAAAUGAUGCUCCCAGCCAAGUUUACAAGGAAAUUAGGCAAUGAACUGUCUGCAGUUGCCAAACUUGUUGUUCCAAGUGGUCAGUGUUGGCAAGUGAGAUUGGAGAAAGCUGACAAUAAGAUUUGGUUCAAACGCGGUUGGCAGGAAUUUGUGAAGUUUUAUUCCAUUUGUUAUGGAAAUCUUUUGGUAUUUAGAUAUGAAGGGGAAUCAACAUUCCAUGUUUGUAUAAUGGACAGGACUCUUACUGAGAUUGACUAUCCCUUGAAUGGUCCGAGUAGCAACACUGUGGAUCCUAAUCUUGACAAGCAACCUAAGGAGAAACCAGAUGACACAAAUGACAAUGAGAUCAACCUUCAGAUUCCUCACUCUUCUUCCAAAAGAAUAGCUGCCAACAAACUUGGAGACAAGCAAGUAUUCAAUAGAGAUCAGAACCCUUUCUCUUCUAACCCGAAGACUGGCCGGUCUAAUAAGAAUUUCAGAACUAAUUCUCCUUCCAUUGAUAGUCCAAAUGCUAGUGGAGGUGUUAAAACAGAAGAGGGGACACCUGUGGAACAACCGGGUCAUGUCAAUGUUCCUAGAAGCUCAGGUAAACUGAAAGAAGAUGAGAAUUGUUUCCCACAUGAUUUGCAGGAACAAAAUCAUGAAGUAAAUACAAACUUGAUUCUUCCAAGAGGUUUCCCUGUUACUAAUUCAAAAUUUUUUAAGAUAUCCAAGGAAACUGAGAAAAUAGCCAAUAUUGCCAGCAAGCGUGAGUACGAAAAUCCUUCUUUCAUGGUCAUCCUGCGGAAGAGAAAUAGCCUAUCUAAGUCUGUGCACGUGCCUGCAAUAUAUGCUGAGAAGCAUAUGAAUCAGUGUUCUGGAUUCAUUGAUCUUAUGGUUCAUGGCAAUGAGACACAGAAGUGGCGCAUACAGUGCCUUCCGCGAAGUGAUUUGCCCUCCUGCAGGGAACUAAGCCAUGGAUGGAGUAAAUUUGCAGUGGAUAAUAAUUUGAAAGAAGGAGAUGUUUGUGUGUUUGAGGUGGUAGAGAAGGGAGAGAAUAUUGUGCUGAAAGUUUGGAUUUAUUGUGCUGGAUGGCCUGUGGAGAAACGGUUAAACCAAAUGGUUUGAUGUCUAAAGAAGGAUGCAGGUUAUAAUGUGUGCAGAAGAUCAGUAGUGAGAUAAUCUAGUUGCUUGUUUUAGUUUUGAUGUUUUGUUGUUUAGUUAUAUAUUGACAUUAGGGUGAUUGAGUCAUGCACUAAUUUUUAACCUGUUUCUUUUAAAUGGAUAAUAUUAACUUGUAAUUAUCUGAAUUUAUAUAUUUUUUUUUGUAAAAAGGAUGUAUCAUUUUCUAGUGUUUGUAUUUCUAGCUUGUUAUUGUAAUUUUUUUGGGCAAAAAAACUACUGAUACUACUAUAUAUGAAAUAUGCGUGAAGGAAAUGGUCUUCAAUA